AAACCAAAAAUAACGUCAAGUUUCUUAAACGAUUUUAUGUUUUAUCUACAAAGAAUAAGAAGUAAAUCGAUAUGUCUAUAUCUGGUUGUGGUCCUUUUCACUUGUGGAGGGAGCUAUAAGUCAUUUAAACUCUAUAUAAACAAGAGUUCACCCAAACACUUCAAAGAAACCAUGGCUUCACUGACUCCGGCUUCACAUCAUGCUCUUAACGUUGAGCAAAUCCAUGAAAUGGAACUUUGUGUAACGAACCAACAGAGUACCAAAUGGAUUUUGAAUUCUCCUGACCCUCCAGGAUUCUUCCAACAGGUAUUUGGUUCAAUAAAAAGGAACUUUUCUUUAGUAAACAGUAAUCGUUCUUCAUCAUCACCGUCUCAGAAGAAGCAACCACUUUCUACACGCAUCCUUGCUGUUUUAAGUAAUGUAUUUCCUGUUCUUAAAUGGGGUAGAAACUACAAAGCCUCAAAAUUUAAGAAUGACUUGAUUGCUGGCUUGACUCUUGCUAGCCUCAGCAUUCCCCAGAGUAUCGGGUAUGCUGGUUUAGCUAAUCUAGACCCACAAUAUGGCUUAUAUGGAAGUGUCGUCCCUCCUUUGAUAUAUUCAGUAAUGGGUACGUCAAAAGAAUUAGCCAUUGGUCCAGUAGCUGUCGUAUCGCUGCUAAUAUCAUCGAUGGUCUCAAAACUAGUUGAUCCGGUAGCUGAUCCUCUUUCAUACAGAAAUCUUGUUUUCACAGUCACAUUCUUCACUGGAACCUUCCAAGCACUUUUUGGAUUGCUUAGGUUAGGUUUUCUUAUCGAUUUUCUAUCUCAUUCUGCAAUUGUAGGGUUCAUGGCAGGUGCAGCCAUAGUUAUAGGUCUUCAACAACUCAAGAGUUUACUUGGCAUUAGUCAUUUUACUACUAAAACUGACGUGGUCUCCGUGUUGAAUGCUGUUGCUAAAUCACUUCAUACUUCAUGGUAUCCUUUGAACUUUGUACUUGGAUGUUCCUUUCUUAUUUUCAUCCUCAUUACCAGAUUUAUCGGAAAAAGAAACAAGAAAUUAUUCUGGUUGCCGGCCAUUUCUCCAGUUAUAUCGGUCAUUUUAUCUACCUUAAUAGUGUAUCUAACAAGAGCAGACCAACACGGGGUUAAAAUUAUUAAACACUUCAAAGGAGGACUAAAUCCAAGUUCGCUUAAUCAGUUGGAGUUCAGUGGUCCAUAUCUUGGCGAAGCAGCCAAAGCAGGCUUCAUUUGUGCUAUAAUUGCGUUAACGGAAGCUGUUGCUGUUGGUCGAUCGUUUGCAUCGAUUAAAGGAUAUAGUCUAGAUGGAAACAAAGAAAUGUUAGCCAUGGGCUCUAUGAACAUUGUUGGAUCUAUGUCCUCCUGCUAUGUUACAACCGGAUCAUUUUCACGGACGGCUGUAAAUUUUAGUGCAGGCUGUCAAUCUGCAGUAUCAAAUGUAGUAAUGGCAAUAACCAUUUUCAUUUCAUUACAACUAUUAACCAAGCUAUUGUAUUACACUCCUCUUUCCAUACUUGCGUCGAUCAUCUUGUCCGCGCUUCCUGGGUUAAUUGAUUACAAUGAAGCUUACCAUAUUUGGAAAGUUGACAAAAUGGACUUCCUAGCAUGCGCCGGGGCAUUCUUUGGUGUACUUUUUGCAUCAGUAGAGAUUGGUCUUUUAGUUGCCGUAUGUAUUUCAUUUGGAAGAUUAAUCCUUAGUUCCAUUAGACCAGGGAUUGAAGAAUUAGGAAGAGUUCCAGGAACAGAUAUCUUCUGUGAUAAGGCACAAUAUCCCGGGGUUCUUGAGGUUCCAGGUGUUACCAUAAUUCGCCUUAACUCUGGCUCAUUUUGUUUUGCAAAUGCAAAUCCCAUUAAAGACAGGAUAACCAGAUUCUUGACCGAAGAAAAUGAAAAGGAAGGUGCAAAUAAACCAGUUGUUGGAAUCAUCUUAGACAUGUCAAGUGUCAUGAGCAUCGAUUCUUCAGGAAUAAUUGCACUGGAAGAUAUUUACAAGAAAUUGGUUUUAAAAAACAUUCAUUUACUUAUAGCAAAUCCAAGAUGGAAAGUGAUUCACAAGCUAAAAUUAUCCGGGUUUAUUGAAAAGGUUGGAAGUGAUUGUAUAUUUCUUACCGUUAAUGAAGCUGUUGACGCAUGUCUCGGUUCCAAAUCUAUUGGUCCUGCAAAUUGUUGACGAUGGCUGUUGUAUUUAAGGACACUACAAACCUAUCUCAUUUGUUUUAUACAUCAAUGGGUGAGGUGUAUUUUUAUUUAAGCACCUAGAACACUUACACAGAUGAUGAAUCGGGUGUGCUGUAUGUAUUUCUUAUCUUAUGUUUCUCAUUGUGUGUCAAUAUGGGUAACCGUUACUCUUAUGUACCGGGAUUUUAUUCUCUAGUCAAGUUAUUUUGACUAGUUUAAUCUAAUAUGAUAUAGUGAUUGGUUGUAGGAAAUUAAAUUAA